AUGGAUGAAUCUCUAAUUCCAAGUGGCACUGUCUUAAUAUCAUCAUUAACUCCGUAUGUUCAUGUUUUAAAAUGGUCUUGUGAAUCAAAACUAUGUUCCUAUUGUUUAUUAUCAUCAGUACAAUUAAAACGUUGUUUAAAAUGUCGUCUUGUUUACUAUUGUGAUAAAAAUUGUCAACGUUCAGAUUGGUUUAAUCAUCGUUAUGAAUGUGGUUUUAUUUGUCAUCUUGAUUUCGAUUUAUUUCGUCUUUAUCUUCGUUUAUUUUUACGUACAACAUUCAAAGAUAAUUUCUAUGAUGAAUUAAAAUUACGUCAAUUUUAUGAUUGUAUGACUCAUAUGAACGAUAUUCAAAAUGAUCAACAACGUUUAAAACAAUUUUAUUUAUUAAUUGAACAAUUAAAAUUAUGUUUAUCUACUCAUGAUUUACCCUCAUCAUUGCCACUAUUAUCACAGGAACCAUUACAAUCGAACAUUGAAUCAAACGAUGAUGAAUUUUAUUUUAAAACAAAUUAUAAUCGUUCAAUAAAUGAUUUGUAUCUACUAUAUUGUCGUUUAUUAAUUAAUACAUUUACGAUAACAGAUUCAAUUGAUUUAAAACCAAUUGGUUGUGGUUUCUAUUUGAGUGCGACCGUUUAUAAUCAUUCAUGUUAUCCAAAUUGUCAACAAAUAUUUAAUGGUUUUCGUUUGCAAAUACGUACAAUAGAAAAUAUCAAAGAAAACAAAGAAGAAUAUACAAUUAAUUAUUGUGAUUUAUUACAAGAUCGUUGUAAACGACAAACAGAAUUAAUGAAAAAUUAUUAUUUUAUGUGUCAAUGUAAACGAUGUGGUACUAGUAAUGACAAUAGUAUUAUUAAUGAUAAAGAUAUACUAUUACAUUGUUCAAUGUGUUCUUCAUCAGCUUAUUUCAUCGAUAAACAACAUUUAAAAUGUUUAAACAAAAAAUUACAACAACAUAUUACAGAAACAAACUUGUAUCCAAUUGUUGAAAAAUAUUUAAAUAAUAAAGAGAAAAAUAUUGAAGAAUUUGAAAAAUUAUUUCAUCGUCAAUCGAUAACAAUGGUACAAUUGUAUGAAUAUUCAAUGGAUAAAUAUAUAGAAGAUGAACUUUUUGAUAAGGCUUUGGUUUAUAGUGAAUACUUAUUGAAAUUGUAUAAAAAUCUAUUACCAAAAUAUCAUUCCUAUGCUUCAUUGAAUAUUUUAAAACAUAUGAAAUUAAAAUUAUUUCUAUUCAAUGAUAUUAAAGAAAUUCAGUCCAUGUUAAAUUUAAUAGAUGAAACGUGUCAACAUAUUGAGAUAGCAUUUGGAAAACAACAUCCAUUAAUGAUUGAAACACAUAAAUUAGUGGAACAAUUUAAAUUAGAAUUAAAUUUUAGAUAA